AUGAUAUCGUCAUCAUUUAUGAUGAUGGGAGUUUCUACAGUGUUAGGAAUUCACCAGACUGGGCUGUUCCAGGCUCCAUUCCUCAGCAAUGAGCUAGGGCAAUGUGACCAGACACCUUUGUUUAAUAGAUCUUCAGAAAAUAUCAACUGUCACCAGUGUCCUUUAGUCAGUAAUACUGACUUUGUGUGGUGUGAAGGGCUGGCUGGCAGUAUGAUCAGACUAAAGAGGAAAUAUAUAUUUUUCUUUUUUGUUCUCUGCUCUAUAUCAGUUGUUACUAUGCUCUAUUUAGCAUUAGGGGCAGAAGUUCCCCAGUCUAUAUCUGCUGACAAUAAUGUGAUGGGAUUUAAUGAUAGAGAGGCUAAGCUUGCGCAAAGAGUAAGGGAGGUAGAAGAGCAGAACCAAAGGUUGAGGAGACAGCUAAGUUUAUCUCAGAACCAGCUGCAGUUUGUACAGGAAAGUGCCAUGGCAGCAAACAAUGAGGCCCCUCCCAACAAUAACAACAUAUCCAGUGACUGCGACACUGGACACGAAGUGCCAAAAUGUGAAGUGAUACACAUAGCUAUAGUUUGCUCAGGCUUCAAUUCAACCAGAGAUGUAGUGACACUAAUCAAGAGUGUAGUGUUCUACAGAAGAAACCCCAUACAUAUCCACUUCAUUACUGAACCAACUGCUCAGAGGAUCCUUGAAACCAUCUUUGUCACUUGGAAACUGCCAUCAGUUGAAGUGAGUUUUUAUCAGGCUGAUUCAUUAAAGGAGGAAGUUUCUUGGAUUCCCAAUAAACAUUACUCUGGUGUCUAUGGUCUAAUGAAACUAACACUGCCCAGAACAUUGCCUGAUACACUUAACAAGGUUAUAGUACUAGAUACAGAUAUAACAUUUGCCACCGAUAUAGCUGAACUGUGGAAAAUGAUCCAGAAAUUGAACAGUAAACAGGCCAUUGGACUAGUAGAGAACCAGAGUGACUGGUACCUUGGCAAGAUCUGGAAAAACCACAAACCCUGGCCUGCCUUGGGGCGAGGAUUCAACACAGGAGUCAUCCUCCUAGACUUGAAGAAACUGCGUCACAUGACGCCAAGUUGGAGUCACACAUGGCGACUUGUGGCAGAGAAAGAACUAAUGACUAUGUUAUCUACUGGUUUAGCGGAUCAGGAUAUAUUUAAUGCAGUAUUAAAAAGUAACCCCCACCUGGUGUACAAACUACCCUGUCAAUGGAAUGUGCAGCUGUCUGAACACACUAGGAGUGAGACAUGCUAUAGCGAAGUGCAAGAUCUAAAGGUGAUACACUGGAACUCUUUAUACAAACAAAAAGUCAAGAAUAAACACAUUGAGUUUUUCCGCACACUGUACCUGACAUUCUUGGAAUAUGAUGGCAAUUUAUUAAGACGUGAAUUAUUUGGAUGUGAUGGAGAGAACAAGGAGGACAGUGAAGAGGUGACAUCCCUAGAGCAAGAGGAUGAAUGUUACGAUUUCCGACGAGAGAGUAAACUUCAGCAUAGAACACACCUCUACUAUAUUGACUAUGAAUACACGCCUGUCGUUGAUGACAUCACACUGGUUGCCCAACUUAGUAUGGAUCGACUCCAGAUGCUUGAGACAAUAUGUAACCAUUGGGAUGGGCCGAUUAGUCUCGCCCUCUAUAUGUCUGAUGCGGAAGCUCAGCAGUUUCUCAGAUAUGCCCAAGGGUCAGAGAUUCUGAUGAAACGUAAAAAUGUUGGCUAUCAUAUAGUCUAUAAAGACGGGGAAUUCUACCCUGUGAACUAUUUACGUAAUGUUGCAGUAGAAAAUGUAAAAACACCAUAUUUAUUUUUAUCUGAUAUUGACUUCUUGCCAAUGUAUGGCCUCUACGACUAUCUUAAAAAAUCAGUUGCCAUGGUAGACAUGGAAGUAAAGAAAAAGGCAUUGAUAGUGCCUGCAUUUGAGACACAGCGCUAUAGACUGGUGUUCCCUAAAUCCAAGGCAGAGCUACUCUCCAUGUUAGACAUGGGAACACUCUUUACAUUCAGAUAUCAUGUAUGGCCAAAAGGGCAUUCUCCGACAGAUUAUGCCAAAUGGCAGACAGCAACCACACCUUAUCAAAUAGCAUGGGAACCUGACUUUGAACCCUAUGUUGUCAUUAAGACAGAAGGUGCUCCUAAAUAUGACCAAAGAUUUGUUGGCUUUGGGUGGAAUAAAGUCUCACAUAUAAUGGAGCUAGAUGCUCAAGGGUAUGAAUUUACUGUCCUACCAAACGCCUUCAUGAUUCACAUGCCACAUGCUCCAAGCUUUGAUAUCGCCAAAUUCCGAGCCAGUAAAAUAUAUAGAAGUUGUCUUAAGGUGCUAAAGGGUGAAUUCCAGAAAGAUUUAUCCAGGAAAUAUGGACUUAAAGCAUUGAAAUACCUCAAUGUGGAGAAGACUUAACACCUGCUCAAAUUGAACACAAUCAUGUGCUUAAUAAUUCUCAAUAUUCCUUGCAAGGAAAAUGAUGUGCUUAAUAAAUGUUGGUGUACUUUUGUACAUCUUUGUUUACUGGGCUUCCUUUGGAAGGAAGAAACAGCAUUCAGAGAUGGCAGUUGCAUACUUUAGGGUACAAAUGAAUUGUAUGUGAUUACGCUGUACGUGAUAACGUUGUAUUAUAAAGUAGAAAGACAAUGCACAAAAUGGGCUGGUACGGUUAAUGCAAAAAAUAUUUUUAAAAGUGACAACAUGAUGCUGUAGAAGUCUUAAAGUUGCUAUUUUCACUGUUGAUGAAUACUGUGAAUGUAUUCCUUACUGGAGACAGUGUGGCAGCAAGUGUCAUCAAAAGUCCAAAAUGUGAACUUUACAGUACAUGUAUUAAUUUUCAAUAUUUUUUUAAAUCAUGAGAUGCAUAAAUUCAGAUCAAGAUUCUCCUAGGCGUCACUGUACCCAAACUGCCAAAGAGACUCUCACAUGUUUUUCUUAAAGGACGCUUGUGUGUAUUUUUAGUGAAAAAUAUUCCACUAAUAAGGAUCAAAUAACAGGCUUCCCUAUUUUUAUUGGAUUAAAUUGGAUUUAAUUAGAUCAGCUCUUUAUUGCUAAAAAUGAAAUGUACCUCAUUACCCCAAUAAUGCUGUGAAUGUUUCUUGCACACUUAUCUCCAUUGGAAAAUUUUAGCUAGUCAUAAAAAAUGUGCACAUUAAUUUAUGCUGAAUGUACAGUCUAGGCAUAUUUAAUAUAUUUAUUUAUGUACAAGUUAUAAUGUAUUUGAAUCCAUAUUUAUCAUUAAAAAAUCUAGUGAUGAAUUUUCAAUUGUUUGAGAAAUAUUUGAAUAUAUGUGAAUAGAUAUGUUUGCAUAAUGUUCAAUAAAAUACUUAAUUCUGCUAGAAUCAUGUU